AACGCACUCGAACGCACGGCCUUUCACGUGUCAAAACACUUGUUGCAAUAACACGUCUUCCUUCUUCUAAGAAUAAACAUUAAAAAAUAACAAUGGUUACUUUCGGAAACCUCAAACAAGCAGCUGGAGUUAAAGCUCUUAACGAUUUUCUCGCUGAGCGGAGUUAUAUUGAAGGGUUCUCAGCCAGCCAAAGUGACGUUGCCGUGUUUGAAGCCCUGGGCUCAGCCCCAGCAGCAAGUUUCCACCAUGCCCUGCGCUGGUACAACCAAAUUGCCUCCUACGGGAGUGACAAAACUGCCCUGCCGGGGGUAAAGCCUACACUGGAGGCUGCACCUGCUGCUGCACCUGCUGCUGCACCUGCUAAUGAUGAUGAUGAUGAUGUGGAUCUCUUUGGCUCAGAUGAUGAGGAGGUUAGUCACCGAUGAGUCUGCACUUAUCUU